AUGGCUGGUCGCAUUCUUUCGGUCCUGUUUGCUCUUUUGUAUUCAGUGGCAGCAAUCCAAGUCAAGAGUAAUUGGGUGAUAAACUCGCUCGAAAGAGCUGUUGAUGUUAGAUCUUCAUAUGCCAAGGUAAGAUAUGAGCUUAUUGCCGAGAAUAUUGGAUCUGUUCCUUCUGAUGAAUUUGUCAUUGCACUUCCAAGUGGUUUUGCAAAAAAAGCUGCAGUUAUAGCACCAGUUCUCCGUUCUCCAAAGACAACUUCUUCAGCUUUGCUAAAUGAUACAGUCAUACAACCAGACGAUGCUCUUCCCAAUGUUGAUUAUUACAUGCUGAAAAUAGGUGCACCAAUUGCACCUAAGAGCUCGAUUGCCUUGAGUUUGACCAUGAUUUCAACGCAUCAGUUGCAUCCAGUGCCCGAGUCUGCACCAAUGUCAGAAUCACAAUCGAUAACACUGGACACGAUUCGGUACCCAGUCAGCCCAUACGCAAUAAAACAGUAUGCUGUGAUUUUUGUUGGCACCGAAAAUGGAAACAUGAAGUGGGACUCUGAGCUUCCUGACCCGCUAGAUCUCGAUUUUACCACAAAGGAAGACAAGAUCUUUACCGAGCCUACAAAAGGUACAAUUCCACCAAAUACUUACAUCCCAAUGGAGGUGGAAUUCACCAAGAAGGGAUUCAUCUCAGAUGUUUCGUACCUGAAAAGAGAGUGCUGGGUUUCUCACUGGGGAAACGCUUAUGAGACAAGAGACUACUACGAGCUUACAAAUGCCGGCGCCAAAUUGAGCGAAGGCUUCAACAGAGCAAAGUGGAUGAGUCACGGAUUGGCAAACAAGCUGACACCUGCUAUAACCUCGAUCCAGUUCUUGCUUCCUCAAGAGGAAGUUUCUGAUAUCUACUACACCGACAAGGUUGGAAACGUCUCCACUUCCAGAGUUGCAUCUAACCGGUUGAUUCUUCAUCCGCGUUAUCCAAUCAUGGGUGGCUGGCAUUAUAACUUCACAGUUGGUUGGAAGAGCUCACUCACAAACUUCUUGAAGACAGUCGGUCCUUCCACGUACCUCGUGAAUUUCAAGAUUUUAGGUGGUCUAGUCGAUUCUAUAUAUGACAAUGUCGAUCUUUCCAUUAUUCUUCCGGAGGGUGCAGAGGUUCUCGAUGUUUCGGCUCCAUAUGAGUACUCGGACCUAGAAAUUUCCAACAUUUACUCUUACCUAGAUGUCACCACUGGUCGUACUGUUGUCUCUCUUAACUACAAGAAUCUCAUUUCCGAUCAGAUGGAGACUGAAAUAUACGUCAAGUACAGAUACACGUACGCUGAGUUGAUCAAGAAGCCCUUGACCACUUCCUUGUAUGUAUUCUUGGCUCUAUUUGCCAUGUACAUAUUGAGAAAGGUGAAUAUGUCAAUCAAGCCAUCGGAGAAUGCCAGCAAGAAGCAGUAG